AUGACCAGUACAAGUGCGUGCGACCGCUGUGCCAAAACAGUGAAACCGGACGAAGACCACAUCGAAUGUAUGGGGAUUCUUCGCGAGAAAAUCAAUUUGUUCUGGAAGUGUGAUGAAUGUAGCAAGUUCAUGAAGUACACCCGAUUCAGAAACACUGUUUCAUCCCUCGGUAACGUAAUUUCGACGGUGAUAGGCAGUCAGCUGACCGGUUUAUCCGAGCUGAAAACCGAAAUGGCCAAAAACAACAAUCAGGUCGCUCAACUCACUCACAUAGUUAAUGCUGCUACCCCAGGUACAUCUGCUAGACCGAAUCAUGAUCGCCCCUCAAAACGCCGUCGAGGUGAUACGGAAACACCGACUAAACCGACAACUGGAACAAGAGUCAUUGGAACUAGCGAUACGCUCGCUGUUAAUGCUCCAUCAAGCCUGUUUUGGUCAUUCUUAGUUUUAUCGAUGGCAUUGGCCAUAGCGCUUGGAGCGGCCGUCGAGAAACCUGUCAAGGAAGUGGAUACAGAAAAGGAUUUGAAAACGGAAUCGAGUGGGAAAGUGCAUGAAAAGCGUGGUCUCUAUGAUUUUGGAUAUGGAAGCACUCCUGAGCUGCAGGGUGGAUUCAAACCUUCAUUUGGAUUCGAUUUCAGUGCACCGCAUCAAUAUGAAGUGAAAGAAGAUCAUCACACGAUCAUCACCAAGAACAUUCCAGUUCCAUAUCCAGUGGAGGUGGAAAAGCAUGUGUUUGUAGAGAAAAAAGUACCAGUUCAUAUUGAUCGUCCGGUGCCAUAUCCUGUGACGGUCGAAAAGAAGGUUCCAUACAUUGUUGAAAAACAUAUUCCGUUCCACGUUGACCGACCAGUUCCAUACCCGGUAAAGGUUCCAUAUCCAGUAGAAGUAGAAAGGAAAGUUCCCGUUUAUAUUGAGAAGAAAGUUCACGUAGAUCGUCCAGUUCCAUAUCCAGUCCACGUGGAAAAGAAGGUCCCAGUGUACAUCGAAAAGAAGGUCCCAGUGUACAUCGAGAAGAAAGUUCCGGUUCCGUACGAAGUCAAAGUUCCGGUAGUUCAAAAAGUUGAAGUUUCGGUGCCUAAACCAUAUCCAGUCCACGUUCCAAAGCCAUAUCCGGUUUACAUCGAGAGGGAAGUCAUCAAGCACGUUGAUCGGCCUGUUCACGUAGAAGUUGAGAAGAAGGUUCCAGUCCCAGUUGUGCAGAGAGUUGAAGUUCCACAACCAUAUCCCGUCUACAUCGAGAAGCCAGUCUACGCCGAAAAGCACGACACUCAUCACAGCGAAGGACACCAACAUUUAGAUCAUCGAAACGGUGACUACAUUGAACAACCUAUCCACGUAGUCGAAGAACAUCAUCAGGAAGAAACUCAUCACGAAGAAAGCGAUCAGCAUGAGCAUGAACAGCAUGAGCAUGAACAGCAUGAGCAUGAACAGCAUGAGCAUGAACAGCAUGAGCAUGAACAGCAUGAACAAGAUCACCAAGAACAAAAUCAUCAAGAACUAAAUGACUAUGGUCAUGAUCAGCAAGCCUACGCUGAGUCAACCAAGAAAGAGGUCAAGAGUGUGAAACCAGCAGCAAAGUCUUCGAAAUCAGCAGAACCCAAGCACCAGGAACAGCAUCAUCAUAUCCCAACGCUCCUCGCAAAGAAUGAGCAGUAG